GGAAGCUCUCGCGAGAUAAAGGAGAGUACUAUCGGAGCGGUAAGAGUGUCUUUUUUGGAACACGUGGGCGUUCUUGGAGUUUGUUGGACAGCAUUUCACUGCUGCAUCUAUGGAAGAAGCCAAAGCGAGUCCCGGCCAUGCAGUGGAGACAGAAGCCGGACCCGAGUGGAAUAUUCCGCCCAAUGCUCCCGCCUGCAUGGAGCGCCACCUGGACGGGGCCCAUUACCGAACAGAUGGUUCUCUGCUCCUGGGGGCAUCCAGUUUGAGUGGACGUUGCUGGGUUGGUUCCAUUUGGGUAUUCAAAGAUACAUCAAGAGCUCCUAAUGAAGGCUUUUGCUCUGCGGGUGUUCAAACCGAAGCAGGAAUAGCAGAUCUGAAGUGGGUAGCAGACAAAGGAAUUUUGGUAGCAUCAGAUUCAGGUGCUCUGGAAUUUUGGGAGCUGGAUGAGAAUGAGACUUUGAUAGUGAACAAAUUCUGUAAAUACGAGCAUGAUGACAUUGUGACAACUGUGAGUGUUGUUUCCAACAACACACAGGCCAUCAGUGGCAGCAAAGAUUUCAGUGUGAAGAUCUGGGAUAUCCCUCAACAAACAGUACUCAGCACAUAUAGAGCUCAUUCUGGUCAAGUGGCCUGUGUAGCCUCCUGCCCUGGAAAGGAUACAAUGUUCCUGUCUUGCGCUGAGGACAGCAGGGUUUUACUGUGGGAUACAAGAUCUCCAAAGCCAGCAUCUCGAAUUGCCUGCAAUGCCUCUUGUAAUCUUGCUACCUCACUGGCGUGGCAUCCACAUCAAAAUGACACUUUUGUUUUGGGUGACAAAAGUGGGAUGAUUGCACUUAUAGAUACAAAGAAGCCAGAUACCAUCAUCAGUUCAACUGUGCAUUCCCGUAGUAUCACAGGAUUUGCUUUUUCUGCACACAGUUCAUCUCAGCUGGCUUCUAUCAGUGAAGAUUGUUCUGUCGUUGUUCUUGAUUCCAGUUUUUCAGAAAUUUUUAGGAAUCGGUCUCAUCGAGAUUUUGUAACAGGCUUAUCAUGGUCUCCCUUGAAUAAAAACUUGUUGACAACAGUUGGAUGGGACCAUCAAGUUCUACAUCACACAAUCCCAGUGCAGAAUAACCACCGUUCUGGAAAAAAUGAUAUUAUCACUGCAUAAUUUGUACUUCCGGGCUCCUUUCCUCUGGAAUGGCUCUUUUUGUGAGGAGAAGUAAUGGGGCUAAAUAAUGUUCCAUGCAGUAAAGAGUGGUUUGAUAACAAUUUCAAGUUAAAUGAAUGGGAGAUGCCUUCCAGCUGCUUAUUACAGCCAGUCACAUUCUUCAAGAAACUGAAGUUUUCUAGUGAUUUGGACAAUAAUACAAAAGAAUUGGUUUCAUUCAAUUUUUGUUGGCAAUACUUUAUACAACCUCAAAAAUGUUGCAAAUGCGUAUUUUUCUUUUCUGUAUUUUUUACUGUGGAAUAAAUCUUACAGGCCUUUCUGGAUUUGCCUGCCAGAUUUUGGCGGAAUUUAUAAUUUAAUAUAUUCUGUGCAUAUACAUCAGUUUAGUUGUGAGGCUGAAUGCUUCAAUUUGACAUAUUGCAAUUGGGGACUCUUCUAGUAAUCUAGUGUGAAGUAAAAACAUAUUUCCAAUUUCCUAAUACAGAAUUUCUUAAUACAUUCAACUGUGCAGUAAUAAAAUCCAAUAGUUUUCUUGGAUUUCUGUUUCUUGAACAGCAACUCUUUCCACGGUUCUCUAACAUACAUUGCAGACAAAACCUCACUUGUAACAAUAGCAAGAUGUCUGCAAAAUAAUUUUUAACUUAAAUUUAGGAUGUGCUGUUUAAAAAAGGCCGGAGACAAUAGUUGGGAAAAAUGUUUUGCAUAGCGUAUCUUGUUGGACUUGACUCAGCCUUCCAAGUUUCCUUUUUAAAGUCCACAUCUUUUCCUAAAGAUAAAAAAGCUACUGUAUUUAGGUUUUUUUUAGCAGAUACUUACUAUUUCACCCUACUCCCCUUCCCCCCUCUUUGAUAAGUAAUAUAACAAAAAUGGUAUUGUAAGUUCUAUGCCUCUUAAAGUGCAGUUUGCCUUUAAAUUGUCUUACAAUACUCAUUAGAAAAGCCUUCCAAAAUGGGCUCUCUCAAAAGACAUUGGGAUUGCUCGUCCCAUAGGAUAUGCUAGCUAAGAAUUCUGGGAAUUACAGGGCAUCUUAGACACUGUUCUGCAGAUUCCCUUGUUUGCUCCUUGGCAAGAAGACUUUGAAUAUGUUUACAUUAUGAAUUCUCCUAUUGGCUCAGCAUUUAGGUAUGCAUGAAGAGGAGGGAGUCACUUUGAAUCUAAUGGCUUUAAUUUAGAUUGUAUAACAGAUCCAGAUAGAUGUGCAUAUGAAUGGAAAAGGGAAUCUAUUCUGAAGUUAUCAAACAUUCCAGGAUUCCUUGAGUAUAAAAAGUCUGAAAUCUCGCAAACUCCUGUCUUCAGUAUGAGCUUCCACAUUUUUGGGAAAGACAUAGAAACAAGUUUGUUGUAAAAUGUGUUGUUGGGGUUGUCCACCAUUGAUUUCUAAGCAUGUAUGCUUUUAUUUUAUUUACUAUAUUCAACCCUAAUUUCAUUCUGGAAUAAAAAGUUAUAAGCAUA